AUGGGUGUAACCAAUAUGAAUGCUAUGAAGCACACUUGGACACCAAGCGAGAGAAAGUUUUUGCGAGUUCUCAAAAGCGCCUACGAAAUGACAUGGGAGCAAGCAGCACCCAUUUUCAACACCGCCUUCCAGAUUCCUAACGCCUUUUAUCCACCGGCUCUAUCAGCACAGCACAGCGAGCUGAGUCGCCGAGCAUCGAGAGAUCUUUCUCGAGAUUUUCAAGCAUUGUUCUCAACAAAUGCUGACGAGGAAUGGGAGAUUAAAUCCCACAUCGCCAAUACAGCUGCGAGACUGGGUAUGCAGAUCUUUGAGCGUGUGCCUCAUUAUCAGAUUCACCAAAUGCCUUUGACACCAAGCGAGCCGAUGACACCCACUUCUUCACAGGCUGAUGGUCAGAGCGAAAUGAUGGAUGUUGCAACGCAACAAAAGCAUCUUAGGACGCCAGGAACGCCCUCGAAGUUGACACUACAUGCCUCAACCCGCUCAUUUUGCAUCAAUCCUUCACAAAUCGAUGCGAAUAGGGGGCAGUCUAGUAGUCGUCGUACGCGAACAAUUGCUUUUAUGAAUGAACAGGAUCAGGGUCCCCCCACCAGUCGCCUUAAGAGACAUAGAGUCAAAGAGAGUCCACCGUCUUCAGAGCUGCCACGACUUCUCUACAGGGGAUACUCUGACAAGAGCUUUGGUUUGAACUCUGCCCACGGAUUCCGAGCAGGUCAAUUCAUCUGCGAUGCAAGAAUACCACCAUGUCCCCCACUACAAGAGGUACGGAAAGAGGCAACCAGGCACGUGGAGGGCGAUAAGACGCCACGCGGUACUUUCUUUAUAUCCAUGACUUCGAACCUUGUCCGUGCUCUGGUAAUUGGGGCUAGGACUAUGAAGUAUAACAGCUAUGUUGCUCUAAUUGACACUGAGAAAAUGACGAGACAAGGCGACUCAAUCUUUUGUGCCAAAGAUUUAGAUCUUCAUCCGACGAAGGUCAAAAGUUACUACCCAUCGGGCGAGUACCUAUGCUAUGGGCAAAUUAGACAAGAGGCCAUCGUAGCCCAUAUUGCAGCAGGGGAUAUACUCAAUUCUCCCCCAAGAACGCCAUGGGAUGUAGACCCGUUGGGCUUUGAGAUAUCUCUGCUCGAUAUCGCCGUGCAAUCUUUGAUAUCGAGCUGGAAUUUUAAAAUAAAGAAAAAUGAACCGUGGCGAAUAAAUGAAGCAUUUGUCUCUGGAGUGAAGCAUGGUUUAGAAGGCAGAGACUCGGACAAUCUUGAAGAUGAGACCUCCUUAAUUGACUUGACGGUGGACCACAACGAUCAUGAUUCUCUAAUUUCAGAGCUAGAAAUAGCUGCUGUAUACGUUGAUAUUCAAGAUGAAACUGACGAGACCGCUGAGGAGGAAACGAGUUUGCUUCCAACCACAAAGCAGUUGUCUUCGGCUUCCAACGUACACAACCGCGUCCAAGAAGACGUUCUAGAAACCUACGAAUACCCUUGCUGGACUGGCAUUUGA